AGAGGACAGCGGGGAAGGCGGGUGGUGAGGCCAGGGUCUGAGGCGGCGGUAGCGGCGCUGGCGGCGGCAGCUGAGGCCUUGGCCGAAGCCGCGCGAAUCCCAGGGCAAAAUGCUUGGAACUGGACCUGCCGCCGCCACCACAACCACCACCACAUCUAGCAAUGUGAGUGUUCUGCAGCAGUUUGCCAGUGGCCUGAAGAGCCGGAAUGAGGAGACCAGGGCCAAAGCUGCCAAGGAGCUCCAGCACUAUGUCACCAUGGAGCUUCGAGAGAUGAGUCAGGAGGAGUCUACUCGCUUCUAUGAUCAGCUGAACCAUCACAUUUUUGAAUUGGUUUCCAGUUCAGAUGCCAAUGAGAGGAAAGGUGGCAUCUUGGCCAUUGCCAGCCUCAUAGGAGUGGAAGGCGGGAAUGCUACCCGAAUUGGCAGAUUUGCCAACUAUCUUCGUAACCUCCUCCCCUCCAAUGACCCAGUUGUCAUGGAAAUGGCAUCUAAGGCCAUUGGCCGCCUUGCCAUGGCAGGGGACACUUUCACUGCUGAAUACGUGGAGUUUGAGGUGAAGCGAGCCCUGGAAUGGCUGGGUGCUGACCGCAACGAGGGCCGGAGACACGCAGCUGUCCUGGUUCUUCGUGAGCUGGCCAUCAGCGUCCCCACCUUCUUCUUCCAGCAAGUGCAGCCCUUCUUUGACAACAUUUUCGUGGCUGUAUGGGACCCCAAACAGGCCAUCCGUGAGGGAGCAGUAGCGGCCCUGCGUGCCUGUCUGAUUCUUACCACCCAGCGUGAGCCGAAAGAGAUGCAGAAGCCUCAGUGGUACAGGCACACAUUUGAAGAAGCAGAGAAAGGGUUUGAUGAGACCUUGGCCAAAGAGAAGGGCAUGAAUCGGGAUGAUCGGAUCCAUGGAGCCUUACUGAUACUCAAUGAGCUGGUGCGAAUCAGCAGCAUGGAAGGAGAGCGUCUGAGAGAAGAAAUGGAAGAAAUCACACAGCAGCAGCUGGUGCAUGACAAAUACUGCAAAGAUCUCAUGGGCUUUGGAACAAAACCUCGUCACAUUACACCCUUCACCAGCUUCCAGGCUGUGCAACCCCAGCAGUCAAAUGCCUUGGUGGGGCUGCUGGGGUACAGCUCUCACCAAGGCCUCAUGGGAUUUGGGGCUUCCCCCAGCCCAGCUAAGUCCACCCUGGUGGAGAGUCGGUGCUGCAGAGACUUGAUGGAGGAGAAAUUUGACCAGGUGUGCCAGUGGGUGCUGAAAUGCAGGAAUAGCAAGAACUCACUGAUCCAAAUGACAAUCCUUAAUUUGUUGCCCCGCUUGGCUGCAUUCCGACCUUCUGCCUUCACAGAUACCCAGUACCUCCAAGAUACCAUGAACCAUGUCCUAAGCUGUGUCAAGAAGGAGAAGGAACGUACAGCAGCCUUCCAAGCCCUGGGCCUACUUUCUGUGGCUGUGAGGUCUGAGUUUAAGGUCUAUUUGCCUCGUGUACUAGACAUCAUCCGAGCAGCUCUGCCCCCUAAGGACUUCGCCCAUAAGAGGCAGAAGGCAAUGCAGGUGGAUGCCACAGUGUUCACUUGCAUCAGCAUGCUGGCUCGAGCAAUGGGGCCAGGCAUCCAGCAGGAUAUCAAGGAGCUACUAGAGCCCAUGCUGGCAGUGGGACUGAGCCCUGCCCUCACUGCUGUGCUCUAUGACCUGAGCCGUCAGAUUCCACAGCUAAAGAAGGAUAUCCAGGAUGGGCUACUGAAGAUGCUGUCCCUGGUCCUUAUGCACAAACCCCUCCGGCACCCAGGCAUGCCUAAGGGCCUGGCCCAUCAGCUGGCCUCCCCUGGCCUCACGACCCUCCCUGAGGCCAGCGAUGUGGGCAGCAUCACUCUUGCCCUCCGAACCCUUGGUAGUUUUGAAUUUGAAGGCCACUCUCUGACCCAGUUUGUCCGCCACUGUGCGGAUCAUUUCCUGAACAGUGAGCACAAGGAGAUCCGCAUGGAAGCUGCCCGCACCUGCUCCCGCCUGCUCACACCCUCCAUCCACCUCAUCAGUGGCCAUGCUCACGUGGUUAGCCAGACUGCAGUGCAAGUGGUGGCAGAUGUGCUCAGCAAACUGCUCGUGGUUGGCAUAACAGAUCCUGACCCCGACAUCCGCUACUGUGUCUUGGCAUCUCUGGAUGAGCGCUUUGAUGCACACCUGGCCCAGGCAGAGAAUUUGCAGGCCCUGUUUGUGGCCCUGAAUGACCAGGUGUUUGAGAUCCGGGAACUAGCCAUCUGCACUGUUGGCCGACUCAGUAGCAUGAACCCAGCCUUUGUCAUGCCUUUCCUACGCAAGAUGCUCAUCCAGAUUUUGACAGAGCUGGAGCACAGCGGCAUUGGAAGAAUCAAAGAGCAGAGUGCCCGCAUGCUGGGGCACCUGGUCUCCAAUGCCCCCCGACUCAUCCGCCCCUACAUGGAACCUAUUCUGAAGGCUUUAAUUUUGAAACUGAAAGAUCCAGACCCUGAUCCAAACCCAGGCGUGAUCAAUAAUGUCUUGGCUACAAUAGGAGAAUUGGCUCAGGUUAGUGGCCUAGAAAUGAGGAAAUGGGUUGAUGAACUUUUUAUCAUCAUCAUGGACAUGCUCCAGGAUUCCUCUCUGUUGGCCAAGAGGCAGGUGGCUCUGUGGACCCUGGGACAGUUGGUGGCCAGCACCGGCUAUGUGGUGGAGCCCUACAGGAAGUACCCUACUUUGCUUGAGGUUCUGCUGAAUUUUCUGAAGACUGAGCAAAACCAGGGUACACGGAGAGAGGCUAUCCGUGUAUUAGGGCUGUUAGGGGCUUUGGAUCCCUACAAGCACAAAGUGAACAUUGGCAUGAUUGACCAGUCCCGGGACGCUUCUGCUGUUAGCCUGUCAGAAUCCAAGUCAAGUCAGGACUCCUCUGACUAUAGCACCAGUGAAAUGCUGGUCAACAUGGGAAACCUGCCUCUGGACGAGUUCUACCCAGCUGUGUCCAUGGUGGCCCUGAUGCGGAUCUUCCGAGACCAGUCCCUCUCUCACCAUCACACCAUGGUUGUCCAGGCCAUCACCUUCAUCUUCAAGUCCCUGGGGCUCAAGUGUGUGCAGUUCCUGCCCCAGGUCAUGCCCACCUUCCUUAAUGUCAUCCGGGUCUGUGAUGGGGCCAUCCGGGAAUUUCUGUUCCAGCAGCUGGGAAUGUUGGUGUCCUUUGUGAAGAGCCACAUUAGACCUUAUAUGGAUGAAAUAGUCACCCUCAUGAGAGAAUUCUGGGUCAUGAACACAUCAAUCCAAAGCACGAUCAUUCUUCUUAUUGAGCAAAUUGUGGUAGCUCUUGGGGGUGAAUUUAAGCUCUACCUGCCCCAACUGAUUCCACACAUGCUGCGUGUCUUCAUGCAUGACAACAGCCCAGGCCGCAUUGUCUCUAUCAAGUUGCUGGCUGCAAUCCAGCUGUUUGGUGCCAACCUGGAUGACUAUCUCCAUUUGUUGUUGCCUCCUAUUGUGAAGCUAUUUGAUGCCCCUGAAGUUCCACUGCCGUCUCGAAAGGCUGCAUUAGAGACAGUGGAUCGCCUGACUGAAUCCCUGGAUUUCACUGACUAUGCCUCCCGGAUCAUUCACCCUAUUGUUCGAACCCUGGACCAGAGCCCAGAACUGCGUUCCACAGCCAUGGACACAUUGUCUUCACUUGUCUUUCAACUGGGGAAGAAGUACCAAAUUUUCAUUCCAAUGGUGAAUAAAGUUUUGGUGCGACACCGAAUCAACCAUCAGCGCUAUGAUGUGCUCAUCUGCAGAAUUGUCAAGGGAUACACCCUUGCUGAUGAAGAGGAGGACCCUUUGAUUUACCAGCAUCGAAUGCUGAGGAGUGGCCAAGGGGACGCAUUGGCUAGUGGACCAGUAGAAACGGGACCCAUGAAGAAAUUGCACGUCAGCACCAUCAACCUCCAAAAGGCCUGGGGAGCUGCCAGGAGGGUCUCCAAAGAUGACUGGCUGGAAUGGCUGAGACGGCUGAGCCUGGAGUUGCUGAAGGACUCCUCGUCACCCUCCCUGCGUUCAUGCUGGGCCCUGGCACAGGCCUACAACCCGAUGGCCAGGGAUCUCUUCAAUGCUGCAUUUGUUUCUUGCUGGUCUGAACUGAAUGAAGACCAGCAGGAUGAGCUCAUCAGAAGCAUCGAGUUGGCCCUCACCUCACAAGACAUCGCGGAAGUCACGCAAACCCUCUUAAACUUGGCUGAAUUCAUGGAGCACAGUGACAAGGGCCCCCUGCCACUGAGAGAUGACAAUGGCAUUGUUCUACUGGGUGAGAGAGCUGCCAAAUGCCGAGCAUAUGCCAAAGCACUACACUACAAAGAACUGGAGUUCCAGAAAGGUCCCACCCCCGCCAUUCUAGAGUCUCUCAUCAGCAUUAAUAAUAAGCUACAGCAACCCGAGGCAGCUGCUGGGGUGUUAGAAUAUGCCAUGAAACACUUUGGAGAGCUGGAGAUCCAGGCUACCUGGUAUGAGAAACUGCAUGAGUGGGAGGAUGCUCUUGUAGCCUAUGAUAAGAAAAUGGACACCAACAAGGAUGACCCCGAGCUGAUGCUGGGACGUAUGCGCUGCCUUGAGGCCUUGGGAGAAUGGGGGCAGCUCCACCAGCAGUGCUGUGAAAAGUGGACCCUGGUUAAUGAUGAGACCCAAGCCAAGAUGGCCCGGAUGGCAGCUGCAGCCGCAUGGGGACUAGGUCAGUGGGAUAGUAUGGAAGAGUACACCUGCAUGAUCCCUCGGGACACCCACGAUGGGGCAUUUUAUAGAGCCGUGCUGGCACUACAUCAGGACCUCUUCUCCUUGGCACAACAGUGCAUUGACAAGGCCAGGGACCUGCUGGAUGCUGAGUUAACUGCAAUGGCAGGAGAGAGCUACAGUCGGGCAUAUGGGGCCAUGGUUUCUUGCCACAUGCUGUCCGAGCUGGAGGAGGUUAUCCAGUACAAACUUGUCCCUGAGCGACGAGAGAUCAUCCGCCAGAUCUGGUGGGAGAGAUUGCAGGGCUGCCAGCGUAUUGUAGAAGACUGGCAGAAGAUCCUCAUGGUACGAUCCCUUGUGGUCAACCCUCAUGAGGACAUGAGAACGUGGCUCAAGUACGCAAGCCUGUGUGGCAAGAGCGGCAGGCUGGUGAGCGACCCCUACCACAUGCGGGCAAGGGCGGGGAGAGAUGAUGCUCGUCGUGCAGUUCUGUCUAUAACCCAACCUCUCGUUUUUAAGGCUCUUGCUCAUAAAACCUUAGUGUUGCUCCUGGGAGUCGAUCCAUCUCGGCAACUUGACCAUCCUCUGCCCACAGUUCACCCUCAGGUGACCUAUGCCUACAUGAAAAACAUGUGGAAGAGUGCUCGCAAGAUCGAUGCCUUCCAGCACAUGCAGCACUUUGUACAGACCAUGCAGCAGCAGGCCCAGCAUGCCAUCGCUACAGAGGACCAGCAGCACAAGCAAGAGCUGCACAAGCUUAUGGCCCGAUGUUUCCUGAAACUUGGGGAAUGGCAGCUGAAUCUACAGGGCAUCAACGAGAGCACAAUCCCCAAAGUGCUGCAGUACUACAGCGCCGCCACGGAGCAUGACCGCAGCUGGUACAAGGCCUGGCACGCAUGGGCUGUGAUGAACUUUGAAGCUGUGCUCCAUUACAAACAUCAGAAUCAAGCCCGUGAUGAGAAGAAGAAACUGCGUCACACCAGCGGGGCCAACAUCACCAACGCCACCACUGCCGCCACCACAGCUGCCACUGCCACCACCACCAGCACCGAGGGCAGCAACAGUGAGAGCGAGGCUGAGAGCACAGAGAGCAGCCCCACACCCUCUCCUCUGCAGAAGAAGGUCACCGAGGAUCUGUCCAAGACCCUCUUGAUGUACACUGUCCCUGCCGUCCAGGGCUUCUUCCGUUCUAUUUCCUUGUCACGAGGCAACAACCUCCAGGAUACACUCAGAGUUCUUACCUUAUGGUUUGAUUAUGGUCACUGGCCAGAUGUCAAUGAAGCCUUAGUGGAAGGGGUGAAAGCGAUCCAGAUCGAUACUUGGUUACAGGUAAUACCUCAGCUCAUUGCAAGAAUUGAUACACCUAGACACUUGGUGGGACGUCUCAUUCACCAGCUUCUCACAGACAUUGGUCGGUACCACCCCCAGGCCCUCAUCUACCCCCUGACUGUGGCUUCUAAGUCUACCACGACAGCCCGUCACAAUGCAGCCAAUAAGAUUCUGAAGAACAUGUGUGAACACAGUAACACACUGGUCCAGCAGGCCAUGAUGGUGAGUGAGGAGCUGAUCCGAGUGGCCAUCCUCUGGCAUGAGAUGUGGCACGAAGGCCUGGAAGAGGCAUCUCGAUUGUACUUCGGGGAGAGGAAUGUGAAAGGCAUGUUUGAGGUGCUGGAGCCCCUGCAUGCUAUGAUGGAGCGGGGCCCCCAGACUCUGAAGGAAACAUCCUUUAAUCAGGCAUAUGGUCGAGAUUUGAUGGAGGCCCAAGAGUGGUGCAGGAAGUACAUGAAAUCAGGGAAUGUCAAGGACCUCACGCAAGCCUGGGACCUCUAUUACCAUGUGUUCAGGCGGAUCUCAAAGCAGCUGCCUCAGCUCACAUCCUUAGAGCUGCAAUAUGUUUCCCCAAAACUUCUGAUGUGCCGGGACCUUGAAUUGGCUGUGCCAGGAACGUAUGACCCCAACCAGCCGAUCAUUCGCAUUCAGUCCAUAGCACCAUCUUUGCAAGUCAUCACAUCCAAGCAGAGGCCCCGGAAGUUGACACUUAUGGGCAGCAAUGGGCAUGAGUUUGUUUUCCUCCUGAAAGGCCAUGAAGAUCUGCGCCAGGAUGAACGUGUGAUGCAGCUCUUCGGCCUGGUCAACACCCUUCUGGCCAAUGACCCAACGUCUCUUCGGAAGAACCUCAGCAUUCAGAGAUAUGCUGUCAUCCCUUUAUCAACUAAUUCGGGCCUCAUUGGCUGGGUCCCCCACUGUGACACACUGCACGCCCUCAUCCGGGACUACAGGGAGAAAAAGAAGAUCCUUCUGAAUAUUGAGCAUCGCAUCAUGUUGCGGAUGGCUCCAGACUAUGACCACCUUACUCUGAUGCAGAAAGUGGAGGUGUUUGAGCAUGCAGUCAAUAACACAGCUGGGGACGACUUGGCCAAGUUGCUUUGGCUGAAAAGCCCUAGCUCAGAGGUGUGGUUUGACCGAAGAACCAAUUACACCCGCUCUUUAGCAGUCAUGUCAAUGGUUGGAUAUAUUUUGGGCCUGGGAGAUAGACACCCAUCCAACCUGAUGCUGGACCGGCUGAGUGGAAAGAUCCUACACAUUGACUUUGGGGACUGCUUUGAGGUUGCUAUGACCAGAGAAAAGUUCCCAGAGAAGAUUCCAUUUAGACUAACAAGAAUGUUGACCAAUGCUAUGGAGGUUACUGGUCUGGAUGGCAACUACCGAAUCACUUGUCACACAGUAAUGGAAGUGCUUCGGGAACACAAGGAUAGUGUCAUGGCUGUGCUGGAGGCCUUCGUCUACGACCCGUUGCUGAAUUGGAGACUGAUGGACACAAAUACCAAAGGCAAUAAGCGUUCCCGAACGAGGACAGAUUCCUACUCUGCUGGACAGUCAGUAGAAAUUUUGGAUGGUGUGGAACUUGGGGAACCAGCCCAUAAGAAAACGGGGACCACGGUGCCAGAAUCUAUUCAUUCUUUCAGUCGGGACUUCUCUCAUGAUGAUACUUUGGAUGUUCCAACACAAGUUGAGCUGCUUAUCAAACAAGCAACAUCCCAUGAAAACCUCUGCCAGUGCUACAUUGGCUGGUGUCCUUUCUGGUAACUGGAGGCCCACAUGUGCCCACACCAUUUCUUCAGAAGCUUUUGUACUUUGGUACAUGCUUCCACUAAACUGAAACCAUGGUCAGAAAGUUUGACUUUGUUAAAUAUUUUGAAAUGUAAAUGAAAAGAACUACUGUAUAUUCAAAGUUGGUUUAAAUCAACUUUCUAGCUGCUGUUAAAGAGUAUAUUGUCAGAAACAAAAGGCUUGAUUUGGUUCCCAGGACAGUGAAACACAGUAAUACCACAUAAAUCAAGCCAUUGAUUUUGGGGGAACAGAAGAUCCAUAAUUUUAGAAAUACGGGUUUUGACUUCACUCACAAGGGAACUCAUCAUAAGCCUUUUCUGAUAG